AUGGCGUGUGCAUUCCGAUACAACGGGCUGUCGUUUGUCUACCUGAUCUACCUCUUGCUCAUUCCUCUGUUUUCGGAACCAACAAAAGCAACAAUGCAAGGACACACAGGGCGGCUGCUGAAGUCGCUGUGCUUCCUGAGCCUGUCCUUCCUGCUGCUGCACAUCAUCUUCCACAUCACCCUGGCCAGCCUGGAAGCCCAGCACCACAUCACGCCUGGAUACAACUGCUCGACGUGGGAAAAGACGUUUCGGCAGAUCGGCUUUGAAAGCUUGAAGGGAGCCGACGCUGGCAACGGGAUCCGCGUGUUUGUGCCUGACAUCGGGAUGUUCAUCGCCAGCCUGACUAUCUGGCUCGUCUGCAGAAACAUYGUUCAGAAACCAGUGACAGAAGAAGCAGCACAAUAUAACCUGGAGUUUGAAAAUGAAGAACUGGCUGCUGGGGAAAAGGCGGACUCAGAAGAUGCCCUGAUGGACGCGGACGCAGAAGGGGACGGCGCGGAGGGCGAGCUGGAGGAAAGCGCCAAGCUGAAGAUGUUCCGCAGGGUGGCCUCUGUGGCCUCCAAACUCAAGGAGUUCAUUGGCAACAUGAUAACCACCGCCGGCAAGGUCGUGGUCACCGUGCUGCUGGGGUCCUCCGGUAUGAUGCUGCCGUCUUUGACCUCGGCUGUCUAUUUCUUUGUAUUUCUGGGUCUGUGCACCUGGUGGUCCUGGUGCCGGACGUUCGACCCAUUGCUGUUCAGCUGCCUCUGUGUCCUGCUGGCGAUUUUCACUGCUGGGCACCUGAUUGGACUUUAUUUAUAUCAGUUCCAGUUCUUUCAAGAAGCCGUUCCACCCAAUGACUACUAUGCAAGGUUGUUUGGUAUCAAAUCAGUAAUCCAGACAGACUGUUCCAGUACCUGGAAGAUCGUAGUAAACCCAGAGCUAUCCUGGUACCACCACGCCAACCCCAUCCUGCUGUUGGUGAUGUACUACACACUGGCCACGCUGAUCCGCAUCUGGUUGCAAGAACCCCUCGUGCAGGACGAGAAGACCAAGGAGGAGGACAGAUCCCUGGUUUGCAGCUCCAACCAGAAAACUGCGGAGAGGAAGCGGAGCCUGUGGUACGCAGCCCAGUACCCAACGGACGAGAGGAAGCUUUUAUCCAUGACCCAAGACGACUACAAACCAUCUGAUGGCCUGCUUGUGACGGUGAACGGCAACCCUGUGGACUACCACACCAUCCACCCCAGCCUGCCCUUAGAGAAUGGCCCCGCCAAGACCGACCUGUACUCCACCCCCCAGUACCGGUGGGAGCCCUCUGCGGACUCGACAGAGAAGAAAGAGGAAGAAGAGGACGAGAAAGAGGAAUUUGAGGAGGAAAGGAGCCAGGAGGAGAAGAGGAGUGUCAAGGUCCACGCCAUGGUCUCCGUGUUCCAGUUCAUCAUGAAGCAGAGCUACAUCUGCGCCCUCAUCGCCAUGAUGGCCUGGAGCAUCACCUACCACAGCUGGCUGACCUUCGUGCUGCUCAUCUGGUCCUGCGCCCUGUGGAUGAUCCGCAACAGGAGGAAGUACGCCAUGAUCAGCUCACCCUUCAUGGUUGUCUACGGGAACCUGCUGUUGGUGCUGCAGUACAUAUGGAGCUUUGAACUUCCAGAAAUCAAAAAGGUCCCAGGGUUUCUAGAAAAGAAAGAGCCAGGAGAGCUUGCAUCAAAGAUUCUGUUCACUAUCACCUUUUGGCUCCUGCUGAGACAGCACCUCACAGAGCAGAAAGCUCUUCAGGAAAAGGAAGCUCUUCUGUCUGAAGUCAAAAUUGGAAGUCAGGAAAAUGAAGAGAAAGACGAGGACCUUCAAGACAUACAGGUGGAAGGAGAGCCCAAAGAGAAGGAGGAGGAGGAGGAAGCACAGGAGGAGGAGCAGGAGGACGAGGAUGAGGACCAAGACAUCAUGAAGGUGCUGGGCAACCUGGUGGUGGCCAUGUUCAUCAAGUACUGGAUCUACGUGUGUGGUGGCAUGUUCUUCUUCGUCAGCUUCGAGGGCAAGAUCGUCAUGUACAAAAUCAUCUACAUGGUGCUGUUCCUGUUCUGUGUGGCCUUGUACCAGGUGCACUAUGAAUGGUGGAGGAAAAUUCUGAAAUAUUUUUGGAUGUCCGUGGUUAUUUACACGAUGCUGGUGCUUAUCUUUAUAUACACAUAUCAAUUUGAAAACUUCCCAGGCCUGUGGCAAAACAUGACCGGAUUGAAAAAAGAAAAGCUAGAGGAUCUGGGCCUGAAGCAGUUCACUGUGGCAGAACUGUUCACGCGCAUCUUCAUCCCCACCUCCUUCCUGCUGGUGUGCAUUCUGCACCUCCACUACUUCCACGACCGCUUCCUAGAACUCACAGACCUCAAGUCCAUCCCCAGGAAGGAGGACAACACCAUCUACAGUCACGCCAAAGUCAAUGGGCGCGUGUAUCUCAUCAUCAAUAGAUUGGCCCACCCCGAGGGAAGCCUCCCAGACCUYGCCAUGAUGCACCUGACCGCCAGCCUGGAGAGGCCCGAGGGGAAGAAACUGGCMGAACUCGUAGAUGAGAAGACAGAGGGCAGCCCUGGAAAGGCUGAGAAGGGCGAGCUUGGGGAGGGCAGCGAGGAGCCCGAGGAGGGAGAAGACGAAGAGGAGGAGUCGGAGGAGGAGGAAGAAAUGUCAGACCUGCGGAACAAGUGGCACCUGGUGAUCGACCGCCUCACGGUGCUCUUCCUGAAGUCCCUGGAGCACUUUCACAAGCUGCAGGUGUUCACGUGGUGGAUCCUGGAGCUGCACAUCAUCAAGAUCGUGUCCUCCUACAUCAUCUGGGUUUCUGUGAAAGAGGUGUCUCUGUUCAACUAUGUGUUUUUGAUUUCUUGGGCUUUCGCUCUGCCUUACGCCAAGCUCCGCCGUGUGGCUUCCAGCAUCUGCACCGUCUGGACCUGUGUGAUCAUCGUCUGCAAGAUGCUGUACCAGCUGCAAACCAUCAAGCCCGAGAGCUUCUCUGUUAACUGCUCCUUGCCCAAUGAAAACCAAACCAACAUCCCCCUGCAGGACCUGAACAAGUCCCUCCUCUACAGUGCGCCUAUUGACCCCACCGAGUGGGUUGGCCUGAGGAAGUCUUCUCCCUUGCUUGUCUACCUGAGGAAUAACCUCCUGAUGUUGGCCAUUCUGGCCUUCGAAGUUACCAUUUACCGCCAUCAGGAGUACUAUCGGGGUCGAAACAACCUUACUGCCCCUGUGUCCAAAACUAUCUUUCAUGACAUCACAAGAAUGCAUCUGGAUGAUGGACUUAUUAACUGUGCCAAAUAUUUCAUAAACUACUUCUUCUACAAGUUUGGCCUGGAGACCUGUUUCCUAAUGUCAGUGAAUGUGAUUGGCCAGCGAAUGGAUUUCUACGCCAUGAUUCACGCCUGCUGGCUCAUUGCUGUCCUGUACCGACGCAGAAGAAAGGCCAUCGCGGAGGUCUGGCCCAAGUACUGCUGCUUCCUGGCCUGCAUCAUCACCUUCCAGUACUUCAUCUGCAUUGGCAUCCCGCCUGCCCCCUGCCGAGAUUACCCAUGGAGGUUCAAGGGCGCCGACUUCAACGACAACAUCAUCAAGUGGCUGUACUUCCCAGAUUUCAUCGUGCGACCCAACCCAGUGUUUCUCGUCUACGACUUCAUGCUGCUCCUGUGCGCCUCCCUGCAGCGGCAGAUCUUUGAGGAUGAGAAUAAAGCUGCCGUGCGGAUCAUGGCCGGGGACAACGUGGAGAUCUGCAUGAACCUGGAUGCGGCCUCCUUCAGCCAGCACAACCCCGUGCCAGACUUCAUCCACUGCAGAUCCUACUUGGACAUGUCCAAGGUCAUCAUCUUCAGCUACCUCUUCUGGUUCGUGCUGACGAUCAUCUUCAUUACUGGGACAACCAGGAUCAGCAUAUUUUGUAUGGGUUACCUGGUGGCCUGUUUCUACUUCCUGCUCUUCGGGGGCGAUUUGCUACUGAAACCCAUCAAGAGCAUCCUGCGCUACUGGGACUGGCUGAUCGCCUACAACGUUUUUGUGAUCACCAUGAAGAAUAUACUGUCGAUAGGCGCRUGUGGAUACAUUGGAACGUUGGUGAAGAAGAGUUGCUGGUUGAUCCAGGCCUUCAGCCUGGCCUGCACCGUCAAGGGCUACACCAUGCCCGAGGAUGACGCCUCCUGCAGACUGCCCAGCGGGGAGGCCGGGAUCAUCUGGGACAGCAUCUGCUUUGCCUUCCUCCUGCUGCAGAGACGCGUGUUCAUGAGCUACUACUUCCUGCACGUCGUGGCCGACAUCAAAGCUUCCCAGAUCCUGGCUUCCAGGGGAGCCGAACUUUUCCAGGCCACGAUUGUCAAGGCUGUAAAGGCAAGAAUCGAGGAGGAAAAGAGGUCCAUGGAUCAGCUGAAGAGACAGAUGGACCGCAUCAAGGCCAGACAGCAGAAGUACAAAAAGGGUAAGGAGAGGAUGCUGAGCUUGACGCAGGAGGCUGGGGAAGGCCAGGACGUCCAGAACCCCCCGGAAGAGGAYGAUGAAAGAGAAGCAGACAAACAGAAAGCCAAGGGCAAAAAAAAGCAGUGGUGGCGGCCUUGGGUCGAUCAUGCUUCCAUGGUCAGGAGUGGAGAUUAUUACUUGUUUGAAACGGAUAGUGAAGAGGAGGAAGAGGAGGAGUUGAAGAAGGAAGAUGAGGGGCCACCGCGCAAGUCAGCAUUCCAGUUUGUCUAUCAAGCCUGGAUUACUGACCCUAAAACAGCCCUUCGCCAGAGGCGGAAAGAGAAGAAAAAGUCUGCAAGAGAAGAGCAGAAGCGAAGACGGAAAGGCUCUGGGGAGGGUGCGGUGGAAUGGGAAGACCGAGAGGACGAACCGGUCAAAAAGAAGUCUGAUGGACCAGAUAAUAUCAUCAAGAGGAUAUUCAACAUCUUGAAGUUCACCUGGGUGCUGUUCCUGGCAACGGUGGACAGCUUCACCACCUGGCUCAACUCCAUCUCUAGGGAGCACAUUGACAUAUCCACCGUCCUGAGGAUCGAGAGGUGCAUGCUGACCAGGGAGAUCAAGAAGGGCAACGUCCCGACGCGGGAGAGCAUUCACAUGUACUAUCAGAACCACAUCAUGAACCUGUCCAGGGAGUCGGGACUGGACACACUGGACGAGCGGCCUGGAGCAGCCCCRGGGUCCCAGACAGCCCACAGGAUGGAUAGCUUAGAUUCCCAUGACAGUAUCUCCAGCUGCUACACUGAAGCCACCAUGCUGUUCUCAAGGCAGUCCACCCUUGAUGAUUUAGACGGACCAGACGCUGUUCCUAAAACGAGCGAGCGCGCUCGGCCUAGGCUACGUAAAAUGCUCAGCAUGGACAUGUCCUCCUCGUCAGCUGACAGUGGCAGUUUAGCAUCCAGUGAGCCCACGCAGUGCACCAUGCUAUACUCACGCCAGGGGACCACGGAAACCAUAGAGGAAGUGGAGGCCGAGGCAGAGGAGGAGGUGGUAGGCCCUGUGCCCGAGCUCGAGCUCCAGCCUGGGGACACCCAGGAGGAGGAGGAAGAAGAGGUGGAGGAAGCUGAGUGUGAUCUGGGCCCCGAGGAGGCCGGCCUCACUCCCGAGGAGGAAGAAUGUCCACAGUUCUCCACCGAUGAGGGUGACGUGGAGGCCCCGCCCUCCUACAGCAAAGCUGUGAGCUUCGAGCACCUGUCCUUCGGCUCACAGGAUGACUCUGGGGGCAAGAACCACAUGAUGGUCAGCCCUGAUGACAGCCGCACCGACAAGCUGGAGUCCAGCAUCCUGCCGCCCCUGACCCAUGAGCUGACGGCCAGCGAGCUGCUGCUGAACAAGAUGUUCCAUGACGAUGAGCUGGAAGAGUCCGAGAGGUUCUACGUGGGCCAGCCCCGGUUCCUGCUGCUCUUCUACGCCAUGUACAACACGCUGGUGGCCCGCUCAGAAAUGGUGUGCUACUUCGUGAUCAUCCUCAACCACAUGGUCUCUGCCUCCAUGAUCACCCUCUUGCUGCCCAUUCUGAUCUUCCUCUGGGCCAUGCUGUCGGUGCCCAGGCCCAGCCGACGGUUCUGGAUGAUGGCCAUUGUCUACACCGAGGUGGCCAUCGUAGUCAAGUACUUCUUCCAGUUCGGCUUCUUCCCCUGGAACAAGAACGUGGAGCUGUACAAGGACAAGCCCUACCACCCCCCCAACAUCAUCGGCGUGGAGAAGAAGGAGGGCUACGUUCUGUACGACCUCAUCCAGCUCCUGGCUCUCUUCUUCCAUCGCUCCAUUCUGAAGUGCCACGGCCUGUGGGACGAAGACGACAUCGUGGAUGGUGGCGACCAGGAGGAGUCGGAUGACGAGCCCUCCUUCAGCCACGGCAGGAGGGACUCCUCCGACUCUCUCAAGUCCAUCAACCUGGCCGCCUCUGUGGAGUCUGUGCACGUGACCUUCCCCGAGCAGCCCACCACCAUCCGGAGGAAACGCUGCGGCAGCAGCCCCCAGAUCUCCCCGGGGUCCAGCUUCUCUUCCGAUAGGUCCCAAAGAGGCAGCACCAGCACCCGGAACAGCAGCCAAAAGGGCAGCAGCGUUUUGAGUAUUAAGCAAAAAAGCAAAAGGGAACUCUACAUGAAGAAGCUUCAGGAGCAGCUCGUCAAAGCCAAAGCGUUCACCAUCAAAAAGACGCUGCAGAUCUAUGUGCCCAUCCGGCAGUUCUUCUACGACCUCAUCCACCCGGACUAUAGUGCAGUGACCGACGUGUAUGUGCUCAUGUUCCUGGCUGACACCGUGGACUUCAUCAUCAUCGUCUUCGGCUUCUGGGCCUUUGGGAAACACUCGGCUGCUGCGGACAUCACCUCUUCGCUCUCGGAAGACCAGGUCCCCGGGCCGUUUUUGGUGAUGGUCCUCAUUCAGUUUGGAACGAUGGUGGUGGACCGAGCCCUCUACCUCCGGAAGACGGUGCUGGGCAAGGUCGUUUUCCAGGUCAUUCUUGUGUUUGGAAUUCACUUCUGGAUGUUCUUCAUCCUCCCUGUCGUGACCGAGAGGAAGUUCAGCCAGAACCUGGUGGCCCAGCUGUGGUACUUYGUGAAGUGCGUUUACUUCGGGCUGUCCGCCUACCAGAUCCGCUGCGGCUACCCAACGCGCGUGCUGGGGAACUUCCUCACCAAGAGCUACAACUACGUCAACCUGUUCCUGUUCCAGGGGUUCCGCCUCGUCCCCUUCCUGACCGAGCUGAGGGCAGUGAUGGACUGGGUGUGGACAGACACCACGCUGAGCCUGUCCAGCUGGAUCUGCGUGGAGGACAUCUACGCCCAUAUCUUCAUCCUCAAGUGCUGGCGAGAGUCGGAGAAGAGAUACCCGCAGCCCCGGGGCCAGAAGAAGAAGAAGGUGGUCAAGUACGGCAUGGGCGGCAUGAUCAUCGUCCUGCUCAUCUGCAUCGUGUGGUUCCCUCUGCUCUUCAUGUCUCUGAUCAAAUCUGUCGCUGGGGUCAUCAAUCAGCCCCUGGAUGUGUCGGUCACAAUUACCCUGGGCGGGUAUCAGCCCAUCUUUACCAUGAGCGCCCAACAGAGCCAGCUGAAGGUCAUGGACCAGACGAAGUUUAAUAAAUUUAUGAGAACUUUCUCUAGGGACACCGGUGCUAUGCAAUUUCUGGAAAAUUAUGAAAAAGAAGACAUAACAGUAGCAGAACUGGAAGGAAACUCAAAUUCUUUGUGGACCAUCAGCCCUCCCAGUAAGCAGAAAAUGAUAAGCGAACUCAAGGAUCUCAGUAGUAGCUUCUCUGUUGUGUUUUCAUGGAGUAUCCAGAGAAACAUGAGUCUGGGGGCAAAAGCAGAAAUAGCAACAGAUAAGCUCUCUUUUCCUCUUCAGAAUAGCACACGGAAGAACAUAGCCAACAUGAUCGCUAGCAACGACCCAGAGAGCUCAAAAACCCCAGUGACCAUAGAAAGGAUCUACCCAUACUACGUGAAAGCACCCAGUGAUUCGAACUCAAAACCUAUAAAGCAGCUUUUGUCUGAAAGCAAUUUCAUGAACAUCACCAUCAUUCUGUCCAGAGACAAUUCAACUAACUCCAACAGCGAGUGGUGGGUUCUCAACCUGACAGGAAAUAGAAUCUAUGAUCAGGAGUCACAAGCUCUGGAGUUGGUGGUCUUCAAUGACAAAGUCAGUCCCCCCAGCCUGGGCUUCCUGGCCGGCUACGGGAUCAUGGGACUGUAUGCCUCGGUCGUCCUCGUGAUUGGGAAAUUUGUCCGGGAGUUCUUCAGUGGGAUCUCCCACUCCAUCAUGUUUGAAGAGCUUCCGAAUGUGGAUCGAAUCUUGAAGUUGUGUACRGAUAUUUUUUUAGUCCGAGAGACAGGGGAACUGGAACUAGAAGAAGAUCUCUAUGCCAAAUUAAUAUUCCUGUACCGCUCUCCAGAAACGAUGAUCAAGUGGACCAGGGAAAAAACAAACUGAGACCGUGGGACCCAGACUGCGGGUAAUGUGAACCUUUGGAUUUUUAAAAAAGCACAAUACUCUCCUAAGAGCUAAGUGUUUCUCGUUCCAGGAAGUGGCUUCUCUUCUGACGGGCGGCCCCAGGGGCUGACUUCCUCCUGCCGCCGGGCCACCUUGCCAGCGAGGCGCUGCUAAAGAGGUCAUCUGCAGUCCUCCUCUCUGAGGUCAGGGCUGCGAUUUGGCUGUGGUCAGCAACGUCUUGCGUUCUGAUGGACCAUGUGAAGAAUCUCCCAGGUCCCUCCCCUCAGAGAAAGGCCAGUGCCUGUACUG